CGCCCCGCGCGGGGACCGAGCGCGCCCCGAGCGCUGCACAAUAGCCGGGAGGAGGAGACAGGGAAAGGGGCAGGGGGAGAGGAGGAGAGAGAAAGAGAAAGCACAACACGGGGGCUGGCGAGGGAGCGCGGAGCGGAGGGCUCCGCAGCGUGGCCGCGCUGAGGACCGUGCCCAGGACGGCGGCGACUGGAGGUGGGUGGAGGGCGAUAUUUACCUUCCCUCCCCCGCCCCGAGCCCGCUCCUUUGUCCACGCGCUCUGAAGUGCCGGGGGAUCGCCGGGGUGGGAGCAUUGUUGUUCGCCAGCGAACCAUCAGUCAUGCCGGGGAGAGAGUAGCGAGCGUACGCGGGGCUGGGGCCGGCAGAGGCAGAAGGAGACGGGGAGGAGAGAGGAUUGCUGCCUGCCUCCCGGAGCCCUGCAUGGACCGCCAAAGAGACGCGCUGAGUUGACCCUGCCCGAGCUGUUUCUGCUUCUACAUGUGAGAUCCGGUUGGUUUUUUCUUUCCACCUCUUUCUCUCCAGCCUCCGUCUCGUAUUCUCCACUUACUCCCGUAUGCAAAAUGGUGGACCCUGUGGGGUUUGUAGAGGCUUGGAAAGCACAAUUUGCAGACUCUGAGCCUCCUAAAAUGGAGCUGAAAUCUGUGGGAGACAUUGAACAGGAACUGGAGAUGUGCAAAGCAUCUAUCCGGAGACUGGAGAUGGAGGUUAACAAGGAGAGGUUCCGCAUGAUUUACCUGCAGACUCUUCUAGCAAAGGAGAAAAAAAGCUAUGAUAGACAGAGAUGGGGUUUUAAACGUGUUUCUCAGUUGCCUGAAGGGGGUGCAGAGCAGCAGAUCCAGGACCUGCAUCAUCACCAGUCUGCUGACCAAGAUGAAUAUGAAAAAAGCAAGUCACAUCAUGGGGAGGAAAAGUUCAAACCCAGGAUGCCCUCUAUGCGGAAGCUAUCGACCCAGAGUGAUGGGUCAGACCUGUCACCUUUGGACAGCCCCCACCAUGGAGAAGGAGAACAGGACAGGUGUAAGUACUAUGGUGAAGAGAAGCUGAAGAGAGUUGUAGAAGACAUGGAGAAUCGCUGUGAUACAGAUGGCUCUCCUUCAAAACACAGAUCGGCUUCCACUCGCAGACUGGUGGGAUCUGCUGAGAAGGAGGGAUCCUUUGAACCUAAGGAGAGAGGGAACAGCACCAGUGUGGCAGCCCUAAGGUCCAAUUUUGAGAGAAUGAAAAAGGUUAAUUCGCAUUCUUCUGGAGAUAACAAGGAUGUUGUUGAAAAGCCCUUUUAUGUGAACAUGGAGUAUCAUCAUGAGAAGGGUCUAGUAAAGGUCAAUGAUAAAGAUGUUUCUGAUAAAAUAAGCUCUCUUGGUAGCCAAGCCAUGCAAAUGGAACGCAAAAAGUCUUUGCAUUCCCUCCCUUCUAACAUGGUACCCAGCUUCAGCGAGUUCCAGAGGCCUGCCUACAGGGGGAGGUCCUCAGAGAGCAGCUUUGGCUAUGAUGGAGAAUAUGAGGAUGCUGAACUGAACCCAAAGUUCCUUAAAGACAACCUGAUUAAUGCCAAUGGCAGCAACCGCUCACCUUGGCAGCCCAUGGACUUUCAGCCGUAUCAGAGUAUCUACGUUGGUGGGAUGAUGGGGGAAGGAGAAGGAAAAGGACCUGUUCUGCGAAAUCAGGGCCCACCUGACCAGGAAAAGCAUCUCACGUGGCCCAGGAGAUCCUAUUCCCCCAGGAGUUUUGAAGAUAUUGGAGGAGGAUAUACUCCUGAUUGUAGCUCUAAUGAGAACCUUACCUCCAGCGAGGAAGACUUCUCCUCAGGACAGUCCAGCCAUGUCUCCCCCAGCCCCACCACGUACCGCAUGUAUCGGGAUAAAAGCCGUUCCCCCUCCCAGAACUCUCAGCAGUCCUUUGACAGCAGCAGCCCACCAACCCCCCAGUCUCAAAAACGGCACCGGCAGCAGCAGGUCAUCGUGUCUGAGGCCACUAUCGUGGGUGUACGAAAAACAGGCCAGAUCUGGCCAAGUGAUGGAGAUUUGCCCUCUGGGAGAUGUCACCAGGACAGCUGUUUCCACGGGGAUGCAGAUGCCCCGUUCGGGGGGACCCCGCCCGGCUACGCGUACGAUGCUGAGCGCGCGGAGGAGCAGAGGCGGCACCAUGACAUGAUGCCCUACAUCGACGACUCGCCGUCCUCCUCGCCACACCUGAGCUCCAAGAGCCGCGGCAGCCGCGACACGCUGUCCUCGGGCUCGCUGGAAUCCACCAAAUCCAGUGAGCCAGACCUGGAGAAGGGCCUGGAGAUGAGAAAAUGGGUCCUGUCAGGAAUCCUAGCCAGUGAGGAGACCUACCUGAGCCACCUGGAGGCCCUGCUGCUGCCUAUGAAGCCUUUGAAAGCUGCUGCCACCACCUCCCAGCCUGUGCUGACCAGUCAGCAGAUUGAGACAAUAUUCUUCAAAGUGCCUGAGCUCUACGAGAUCCACAAAGAAUUCUAUGAUGGGCUCUUGCCCCGAGUGCAGCAGUGGAGUCACCAGCAGCGUGUUGGGGACCUCUUCCAGAAGCUGGCCAGCCAGCUGGGAGUGUACCGGGCCUUUGUGGAUAACUAUGAAGUUGCUAUGGAGACAGCAGAGAAGUGCUGCCAAGCCAAUGCUCAGUUUGCUGAAAUCUCUGAGAAUCUAAAGGCCAGAAGCACAAAGGAAUCUAAAGAUCAGACGAUGAAAAAUUCCUUGGAAACUCUGUUGUACAAGCCAGUGGAUCGAGUGACCCGCAGCACCCUUGUCCUGCAUGAUUUGCUCAAGCACACUCCUGUGAGCCACCCUGACCAUCCCCUGCUGCAGGAUGCUCUGCGGAUCUCCCAGAACUUCCUGUCCAGCAUCAACGAGGAGAUCACUCCUCGCCGGCAAUCCAUGACUGUGAAGAAAGGGGAGCACCGGCAGCUGCUGAAGGACAGUUUCAUGGUGGAGCUGGUGGAAGGGGCUCGCAAGCUACGUCAUGUCUUUCUUUUUACUGACCUCUUCCUGUGUGCCAAGCUCAAGAAGCAGAUUGGAGGAAAAAGCCAACAAUAUGACUGCAAGUGGUACAUCCCACUCACUGACCUCAGUUUCCAAAUGGUGGAUGAAUCUGAGGCAGUGCCCAACAUCCCACUGGUACCUGAUGAGGAACUGGAUGCCAUGAAGAUCAAGAUAUCCCAGAUCAAGAACGACAUCCAGCGGGAAAAGAGGGCCAAUAAGGGCAGCAAGGUCAUUGAGAGGUUGAAAAAGAAGCUGUCGGAGCAGGAGUCCCUCCUACUGCUGAUGUCUCCCAACAUGGCCUUCCGGGUGCACAACCGAAACGGCAAGAGUUACACAUUCCUCAUUUCAUCGGACUAUGAAAGGGCAGAGUGGAGGGAGAAUAUCCGGGAGCAGCAGAAGAAAUGCUUUAAAAGCUUCUCACUCACAUCAGUGGAGCUCCAGAUGCUGACAAACUCCUGUGUGAAGCUGCAGACAGUCCACAACAUCCCCCUCACUAUCAAUAAGGAAGAUGAUGAAUCUCCAGGUCUCUAUGGAUUCCUGAACGUCAUUGUCCACUCUGCCACGGGAUUCAAGCAAAGCUCAAAUUUGUACUGCACAUUAGAGGUGGACUCUUUUGGGUAUUUUGUGAACAAGGCCAAAACUAGAGUUUACAGAGACACCACAGAGCCCAACUGGAAUGAGGAGUUUGAGAUUGAGCUGGAGGGCUCCCAGACACUGAGGAUUCUGUGCUAUGAAAAGUGCUACAACAAAACCAAGCUCACCAAAGAGGAUGGAGAGAGCACAGAUCGCAUCAUGGGGAAAGGACAGAUCCAGCUGGACCCACAGGCACUGCAGGACAAAGAUUGGCAGCGCACAGUGAUCUCCAUGAAUGGGGUGGAAGUGAAGCUGUCAGUGAAGUUCACCAGUCGGGAGUUCAGCCUCAAAAGGAUGCCGUCCCGCAAGCAGACGGGCGUGUUCGGGGUCAAGAUUGCGAUUGUCACCAAGAGAGAGAGGUCGAAGGUGCCGUACAUCGUGCGGCAGUGCGUGGAGGAGAUCGAGCGGCGCGGGAUGGAGGAGGUGGGGAUCUACCGCGUCUCUGGGGUUGCGACCGACAUCCAGGCUUUGAAAGCUGCCUUUGAUGUCAAUAACAAGGAUGUGUCAGUGAUGAUGAGUGAGAUGGACGUGAACGCCAUUGCCGGCACCCUCAAGCUGUACUUCCGGGAGCUGCCAGAACCGCUGUUCACAGACGAGCUGUACCCCAACUUUGCUGAGGGCAUCGCACUUUCAGAUCCUGUUGCAAAGGAGAGCUGUAUGUUGAAUCUGUUGCUAUCACUUCCAGAACCCAACCUUGUGACAUUCCUUUUCCUUCUGGACCAUUUAAAAAGGGUUGCUGAGAGGGAAAGUGUGAACAAGAUGUCCCUGCAUAAUCUUGCCACUGUCUUUGGACCAACACUGCUCAGACCUUCAGAGAAGGACAGUAAAAUCCCUGCUAACCCAACUCGGCCCAUCACAAUGACUGACAGCUGGUCACUAGAAGUCAUGUCCCAGGUUCAAGUUCUUCUGUACUUCCUGCAGCUAGAGACUAUCCCUACCCCAGACAGCAAGAGGCAGAGCAUUCUCUUUUCCACAGAGGUGUAGGUGCCUGCGGUACCAACAGGACACAAACUGCUUUUGGCAUAACUUGUCACCCUGGGAAAAAGAUGACUGGUGUUUCCUUGCACUGGCUGCUCCUGUGCUGGGGAAUUCCAGCCCUCAAUGCUUCUGCUGUUUGUUAACCAGAGACAAGCUGGAGGGAUUGGAGAAAAACCUCCUUGUGCUGGUAGAACCAGAACUAAGCGGAGCUGGAGCUGUGCAGGAUCUCCACUAGAAGGAGCAAUAGACACUUGGACAAAAACACCACGGAGUGUGGCGAUUAUUCUUGUUGGGAAUGUGACAGAAGGUAUUCCUCAUUUUAUGGAUUUAAUUUAUCAUAAAGAAACUUCAAGAUUUCUACUGGACCACUUGAUAGGACACCCCUUUUUGGGAGAGGGGCGUUAAAGGAUAUAUCACAACUGUGUCUUUAAUAACUGCUGUUUUUCAAGUACUGUUCGAGGCCACAAAAACUAGCAUUGCUUUGCAAGAGGAAGGAGAAGAGAAGGGUCUGGGAUCUAAAAUUCUCUCCACAGAAAUUCAAGUCUUGAUUUGAAUAUGGUUCUUAAGAAAUCAGAGUUUUAUGUACAGCUAGAACUGUUACGUGGUUGGGGGCUGGGUUUUUUUGUUGUUGUUUGUAUGGUUUUUUGGCUCAGCCAGCCCUUCCCAUAGAAAUGUUUGUACACCCCAGGGAAGGAGCUGCCCUGCUCUUGCCUAUGUUGCACUUCUGAUGGGUUUUGUUGGGUUGAGACAGACUCAACAAAAUUAAAUAAAUAAAUACAGCAAAUUAAAGAGAGGCAGGGAGGAUAACAGACAGUGAUUCUGUUGUUUGUUUGCUUAUAAAAGCAGGGGCAAUAUUAUCCAGGAAGGAUUUCUAAAUUCCUUAGACCCCACCAAACUUAAUGAAAAUUCAUUGGGAAGACUAUUAAUUCCCAACACUCCAAAGAAAAGAAAAUUAUCUCUGCAAAAGUAAUUGAAGAAUUUGUGGAUUUAAAAAAAAAAAAACAUCAAUGGCGUUCAGUUUGGCUGGCUGCUUACUCCAGACUUUUAUCAGAACAUCUCUUUUUUUGAUACUUGAAUUUUUGGAAGCUUUGUGCAUUGUUUCUACAAAAGUCUUUUUCAGAUAGAUACAAAUGCUCUGAAAAAAUUCCCGAAUGUACUUCACGGACAAUCUAGCAAGUAGCACGUAUUGUGGAUUCUCCAGAAAUUCCAACUCUGUUUUAAUUAAGAGCAGUGGAGAAAUUUCUGUGGAACUCCAUCUAGCAGUACAAAAGGUCUGGCCAAACACCAAUUUUGUAUUUCCCUCCCUAAAUCAGUUGAAACUACAGGGGUGGGAAAGGCAGCAGUAUUUGUCCAGGGAAUUGAAAGUGCAGAAUCUAAGUGCUGGUAUCCAGAGGCAGCAUUCUGUGCCAAACAUCCUGGGGGUGGGAGCAAUGCCAUUUUCCUAAACUAUUCCAGCCCCACUCCUCCUACCCAGCUAUGCAGCAUCCAUUUAGUGGCAUCUGUCCAUCAUCAUCCUGGCAAGAAGAAAAGUACAGCUGGAAGACAAGGGAAGGAAUUGGCACAAAAAGGGGAGGGAGGGACAGAUUUUGAAAGAUUUGUAGGGUCAGGUUGUCAACAUUAUUUGCAGGGAAAUAUGACACAGAAAGCAACUCCUCUUGUGCUGAAUUGCACAUUUUCUGAUGGGUGAUCUGCAAACUCUCAAUUUAAAAAAAAAAAGCAAAGGAGUGUUUCAAGCAAAUAGAAAAAAAUUAAAGGGAAAUGAUUAUGUAGUCACUGUAAAUCUGACUGCUGCAGAAUAUUAGAAAUUAUUGUACUGUGAAGUUGCGAAAUCAGAAAGGAACAAAUAUAAAUUUCAAUUUUGUGAGUAUAUCAAUAUUUUGCAUGCUUUGUAAGGAUUCUUAUAGGAAUUUAAUAUUGCUUAGUAUCCCUCCCUCCUUAGGUCUGGGAGCAAACCUCUUUGUAAUGUAAUGUACAACUAGAAAUUCCUUCUCUCUUGUAUGUAUUUCCAUGACAUUCCAUCUUCUGAACCUGCAAAAAAGAAAAAACUGUCUGUAGUAGGAGGUGCUUUAUGGGGGAGGGAGGGAAUGAAGGCAAGGAAACUUGAAGGCUUAAGAUUUUGAUAUUUUUUU